GGAAAACGGUGAGUUGGAGUUAGAGAAGAGGAAGAAAUCCAAAAAUGAAGAUGAGGAAAACAAACAAGAAGAUGUGAUCAUAGACAAAAAGAAUCGUCUUGGUGGUGUUAGGACAAUGCCUUUUAUUCUUGGCGAUCUUUGAACUUACGAUCUCAAGCUAGAUUUUUCGCGUGAUUUAGCCUCACAUUGUUGGCAGCAAACGAAGCAUGCGACAGAUUUGCAGCUGCUGGUUUUCAUGCCAACAUGAUCACAUACCUAACUCAGGUCCUGAAUCUGCCUCUUGUCAAGGCAUCAAACAUCCUCUCAAACUUUGCCGGAACGUCCAGCUUCACCCCCAUCAUUGGUGCUCUCUUUGCUGACUCGUUCGCUGGCAGAUUUUGGACUAUCAUCGUUGGUUCCUUCAUCUACGUGCUGGGGAUGGUUGCUAUCACGAUUUCAGCGUCUCUGCCUCAGCUACGUCCACCUCCAUGCCCGACUCAGGAAAGCUGUGUUGAGGCUUCGAGCCUGCAGCUGUGGAUGCUCUACCUCGCCCUCCUCCUCACGUCGUUGGGCACGGGUGGAAUUAGGCCGUGUGUGGUGACAUUUGCUGCUGAUCAAAUUGAUAUGAGCAGAGCAAAAACAGAGUCUAGGAAGUGGAAUUUCUUCAAUUGGUACUAUUUCUGUAUGGGAUUAGCAUCUUUACUUGCUCUAACUGUUGUUGUGUACAUCCAAGACAAUGUUGGUUGGUCUUGGGGGCUCGGAAUCCCUACCAUCGCCAUGGUAUUGUCGCUUGUCGCCUUCGUUCUUGGCUCCCCUUUGUACAAGAAGAUCAAGCCCGGGGGCAGUCCCUUCGUUCGAGCUGCUCAAGUGAUUGUUGCGGCUGUCAGGAAGAGGAAAUCCGUCCCACCGGAUGAUCCGGCCGCCCUGUAUCAUAACAAGAUCCUUGACCUUGAUAUCUCGACCAAUGGCCGGCUUCUCCACUCAAACCAGUUCAAGUGCUUAGAUCGGGCAGCUAUAGCGUCUGAUUCGGACAUGAAGGGCUCAUCGGGAUGGCCUAACUUAUGGAGACUGGCAACGGUCCACAGAGUUGAAGAGGUGAAGACCGUUGCCAGGCUCGUGCCCAUAUGGGCCGCGACCAUCUUACAAGUGGCCUCACACUCCCACAUAAGUAGCUUCACCAUCCAACAAGCUCGAACGAUGGACCGUCAUCUCUCUCCAUCGUUUGAGAUCCCACCGGCCACAAUGUCGAUAUUCUCAACCCUAACCGUCAUCCUAGUCCUCCCCCUCUACGAGCACCUCUUUGUCCCCUUAGCCCGACGCCUGACCCAGAAUCAUGCAGGCAUCACGUGCCUGCAGAGGAUGGGGAUAGGCUUCGGGAUAAGUAUCAUUGCCUCUGUGGUCUCGGGGCUAGUUGAGAUCAAGAGGAAAAUGGUCGCUACCCGUUACAACCUACUCGAUAGCCCCACGGCCAUAAUCCCGAUUAGUGCCUUCUGGCUAGUCCCACAAUACUUCUUGCAGGGACUAUCCGAGGUGUUUGUGGCCGUAGGACACAUAGAGUUCCUCUACGACCAGUCGCCCGAGAGCAUGAGGAGCACCGCAGCAGCAUUGUAUUGGAUCGCGAUUGCGAUCGGGAGCUACAUGAGCACGUUGAUGGUAACGUUGGUGCACCGUUAUACUGGAGAGAGAAGGAACUGGCUUCCGGACAGGAACCUUAAUAGGGGGAGAUUGGAGGAUUAUUAUUGGCUGGUCAGUGGGGUGCAGGUUGUUAAUUUGGUGUACUAUGUUGUGUGUGCAUCGUAUUAUAAGUACAAAUCUAUAGAAGAAUCAGUUGAAAAGAAUGAUGGAGAUGGAGAUGUUGAUGCAUUGUUAACUGAUGAUAAUAGAGAGAUAGAGAUGGUGAAAAAGUAGAAUGAUUUGUAGUGUGUGAUCUAGGUUCCACCAGAUGGUCUUCAGAUUCUAAUUGAUUAUUUGCGAAGUAACUUUCUUAUAUUUAUUGGCUCUUUUCUCAACAUAUAUACUCAGAUAUUACAAGUUUUAACUAA